CAAGCUAAGGAGAGAAGGGGAAAUUGGGCACUGCAGACCUUAGAAGGACUGCCGGUUGUGAACUUGGAAGUGGAGGCCAUGGAAGGACAUCCUGGUUUGAGUGAGGAGCCUGGAUGCUCAAGGUUUCAGGAUAGCCAGCUUGAUGAGGAUUCAGAAACGAAAGUCAUGCACUACCUGAUGGCCGAUACGGCAGAAACGGAUGUAGAUGACGCCUCAACUUUACAACUUAUGACCCAAACUCCUUGUGAAUGGAAAAUACGGAAGAAAGAGAUGCCACCAACUAGAAUGGAGGCGGCUGUGGAAAAUACUGAAGAUCAGACUGAGGAUUGGAAAGACAGUGAUUUCCAUUUGAGUUAUAGCAAUGACGACUCCAGUCCUUAUGGAACACCCCUAAUAAGCUCUCCUUCCACAAGUACAGCCUCCCUGCCUUUGAUGCACUUGAGCCAAGAUGAUCCACUUCAACAGCAUUUGCUCUUCAAGAAAACUCUGUUAUCUAUCUGGAAGAUGGUUGCUGGUCAUAGAUACAGCGGUCCCUUCCUGAAACCGGUUUCAGAGAAGCAGGCUCCUGGUUACAAGGAUGUGGUCAAAAGACCAAUGGAUCUUUCCUCCAUAAAGAGAAGCCUGUCCAAAGGCCAGAUUCAGCACAUGGUCCAGUUCCAACGCGAUCUCAUGCUGAUGUUUCAGAAUGCCAUCAUGUACAAUAACUCCAACCACCACAUCCAUCGCAUUGCUGUGGAGAUGCAGCACGAAGUGCUGGAGCAACUCCAGAUGUUGGGCGAGGCCCUCCUGUGCUCAGACGAAAUGCAAGGAUUUGUGAGAAGGUGCUGAUGAAGACUUGAAAAGGGCAGGUGCCUGUUUAGAAGUUAAGAAUUCAACCUUCUUUCCUGAAGUCUUGUUCUAAGGAA